AUGAGUUUUGAUGACAAAAACAUUCCAUCCAUCUUCCUGCCUCCGAGUACCUCGAGGUCGAUGAUUCGCGAGUCCGACCGCGUCAAGCGCGCCCAGCUAGGCGACCAAUUGCGGCCAAUUGGAGCGCGGCCUCGCCCACCUUUCUCGCUGCGCGGGUGCCUGGCUCACCCAGCCGCGCGACACACACCUACAGGGCUCACCCUGCUCACCCAAGGUCGCGCGACGUCGCGCGAUUGGGUGGAGGGGGAGAGCCAAAUCCGCAAGUUCCUCGGGGUCCCCGAAGUCCGCAGACAUUCGGGGAACAACAUUGCAACAGAAGUCCUUUAUACCAUCGAGGCUUUUGGCAUCGAGGAGAAUAUUGGGUAUUUUACCCUUGACAAUGCCGAGAACAACGACACAGCACUUGAGGCUAUUGGCAAAAAGCUCGGCUUCAAUGGCGCUCGAAGGCGAGGCCGCUGCUUCGGCCAUAUAGUCAAUCUGUCUGCGAAGGCACUACUGUUCGGGAAGGAUACAGACGCGUUCGAAGAACAACUUUCUGGUGCAGAAGCGCUGUCUGAAGCCGAAUACGAACUUUGGCGACAGAAAGGGCCGGUUGGGAAGCUCCAUAAUUUCGUCGUGGAUGUUGAUCGAUCGGACAGACUGACAUACCUGUUGAAAGAACUUCAAGAGUACGACAUAUCCAUGUCGGACGAUCCGAAAAUACGGUCAAAAAGCCCCGUCUCGGUAGUGCUAGAUAACGAUACGCGCUGGCUUUCCCAGCUCUAUAUGAUCCGCCGCGCCUUGAGACUUCGAAGGUACUUCGAACUGCUAGUCGCGAAGUUCCGAAUCUGGGAUCUGGAGGAAAGUACAAUUAUUCAAUAUGUCCUUGACCUAGAUUCGCGAUCAUUUCCUCCUCGGCUUUGUGGUGUGCGAGAUAUGGCUAAUCGGCUGCUCGCGGAUCGCGACGGGGCUCCCGUGGGACCACGAUGGGCUUCAAACUUCGUCAAGCGCCAACAAGAGCUCUCGACGCGUUUUACGCGUCGAUAUGACUAUCAAAGAGCCUUAUGCGAAGAUCCGAAGAUAAUUGGGCCGUGGUUUGAGCUUGUGCGCAACACAAUCGCGAAAUACGGCAUACACGAUGACGAUAUCCACAACGUUGACGAGACUGGCUUUAUGAUGGGCAUGAUCUCAACUACAAUGGUCGUUACAAGCUCAGAAAGACGCAGCAAGCCAAGUUUGGCUCAGCCAGGUGAUAGAGAAUGGGUUUCCGUAAUACAAUCCAUUAAUUCACGAGGCGAGACUAUUCCGCCAUUCAUCAUAGUUGCGGGGCAGUAUCACCUCUCCAACUGGUAUGAAGUUAACGUCGGGCACCCACUCACCGGACACACCCACUUACCGGACACACCCACUUACCGGACACUAAUAUCGUCCUCUUUCAACACCACAACGCCUGCAUUCCAACCGCGAUUUCUCGCGUAA